ACAAUAAACAAUUGAAAUUGCAUUAAGUGAGUUUUUGUGUGUUUUCUUUUCCAAAUUUUAGAUUUGGCUUUCACAGCUUUCAUCUAAAAGGGUUGACCGAAUAAUUCAAUAUGAGUUUUGAACUGGCAGGCGGAAGCAAAUUUAAUGGUGAACAAUUAAGACAAUAGUGUUUUUAUGUCUGGGAACUAUCGGUCUGAUAGCUGCCCCUUGGAAAUUUGAUGUUCUUAGAAUCUGUUUUAAGAACAUCAAAAUUUUCCCGGGGCAACUAUACUGAGUUCAUAUUUGGGAGCCCUCUGCCCAGGUUCUCUAUCCGUACGGAGGGCUGUCAUCUUGAAGACAUCACAGGUGGGCUUUACGUAAGUCUGCGGUGAUUGGCUAAUCAAAGACAUGGCGCCAUAUGGAGAAAAAUGUGUUAUGUUUCUUGCAUGCGACCCGGAGUGAAGCAGAGUGAAGCUCGACACAAAAGAUGCCUUAUUAACUUUUAACCCCUGGUACCACCGUUAACUCUACCAAGGGUAUUCCGUGCGAAAGAAUCUCCGCGAACAGAAAAGAAAAGCAAACAAAUAAACAAACAAACGCACGCAAAAGAAAGAAAGACAGAGUUGGAAAAAAUGAAGUCGGCAGGUCUGUACAGCUGACUGUAAAGGACAAUGCUUUAUAGCAUAAUAUGCUAAUUCGAGCCGGCCACGCUGUUCGAGCCUCCGUCGUUUUCGCUCUUGUUCUACUCUACACUUGCCAACCUGGAUGCUGGGACUAUAGGAGAUCAUGUGUAAGGGACUGGUCUUCUCCCGUAUGCUGGUCUGAAGUGGAUACAACCUUUCCUACCGUCAGAAGCCCUGCAUUUUUGUUCCAUCUACGGCAAUAUCGAACUAGUAGAGCUAGUUUGAUGGACAAUGGGGCUAAUGAGCCAUUGUUAUUUGUUGUUGUGUCGGAGAGCUGCUUUGUCAUCCGUGAUAACCGGGAAUGUUGUGCAUCUCGUAUCAAGAUCAAGCGAAGCAAAUGCCGGUGUGCAUAUUACUCCAAUUCGACCGCGACAUUCCAAUGCCUACUCCAAGGCGACCUGGUAUUUAAACUAAAUCCCGGUCCCACGGGCGAUCAAUCAACCAUUCACGCUCAUUGUUCCGUUGCACGUCGUCGCGUCCCAUUGUCCACCAAAACAAGGAACCACUCGAAUCUUAAUACAUUUAAGAGAGCGCCAACAACAAAGCAUUUCAACACGCCAAUUCUUGAACAACAGGACAACAGGGCAUUCCAGUUGUGCAGUUUGAAUGCAAGAUCAUUAAGAAAUAAAUCAACGGCUUUUGUGGACUUGGUAUGUGAUUUGAGGGCUGAGUUGUUUACGAUAUGCGAGUCCUGGCUCCAUGAUCUUGACUCUGCGAUUUUAACUGAGCUCACUCUUCCCGGUUAUUCGAAGCUCUACCACUGUCCUCGUGCUGAUCGUAGGGGUGGUGGGGCUGCGCUGUUAUAUCGGGAUGGUCUGGAUGUAAACAAAGUGUUUUCAGCCGAGCGAUCUUCGUUUGAAGUGUCGGAAUGGCUUGUGGGUGUAAACAAAGUCCGUACCUUGAACCAACUUAGUGGAGGACUUUCCAAGAAUGAAGGCAAUGAAUCAAACGAAACAGAUGAUAAACCAGAAGAGAUAUCCGUGUCCAAAUCUCUUAAAAGUACUGUUGACAGAGUACGACUGAGACUCAAGGUGGCAUCUAUGUUUAAAGCUCCUUCUGAAACAAGUAAAGAUGAUGAAAAAAGGGAAAAAGAAUUUCAUGCAGUGUUCCACGCAAUUCAGAAUGAGAAAGAAGAACUCUUGAUGUCAAAAGAGAAAGGGGAAGAAAACAUGUGGGACAUUGUUGAUUUAGAUGAUGAGGCCAUUGAGGAGUAUGCAUCUAAUGAGCUUCUUGGCCAAUUCUUGUCAAACACUGUGUUCAGAACUGGAAUCCUCUGUGUUAUCCUGUUUAAUAGUCUACUGAUUGUUGUGGAGACAGACCAGGAACUAGAGCAGAAGUACAGCCAUCUGUUCUCAGUACUGGACCAGUGUUUGAUGACAAUCUUUGUGUGUGAGAUUCUUGUCAAGUGGUAUCACGGAUUCUUCAUGUUCUGGAAGAUGGGAUGGAACGUUCUUGAUUUCUUCAUUGUGGUGGCUCUUCUCCUUGGACCGUUGCUCAGUACAGGAUCAGGAAGCAGAGGAGUGUUGAGAAUUCUUAGAGUGUUGAGAGCUUUCCGCAGUCUUAGAAGUAUCAGUUCUCUGCCUGGGUUACAGAUUGUUGUACAGACAAUUCUUCAGUCAGUUCCUGACAUGGCCAACAUUGUACUGUUGCUUGUGAUUAUCAUGCUGGUGUUUUCUGUGAUUGGAGUCACGCUAUACCGGGACAUUGUACCGAUGUAUUUUGGAAAUCUCUCUAGCUCCAUGUUCUAUCUCUUUGUUUGUCUUACUCAAGAUGGAUGGAUGGAAAUUUUCAAAGCUUUUCAGGAUGUUGGAGAGAAUUACUACGUUGGUGGAGGGCUAUUUCUCAUUGCCUUCAUAGCUAUCGGUGCGUUUGUAUUUGCCAACCUUGUUGUUGCUGUUGUGGUUACAAAUCUGGAAUUCGCUAUGGUUGAUGUGAAGACUGAAGGCAAGGAGCGGGAAACAGAUGAUCUGAAAGCUAAACUCGAGGAAGAAGGUAAGUUAAUUACGCAUCUGUUUGUUAGCUACAAAGGAGUUUCACAAGAGCUUUAUGAUUCUUGGUUUUUUUUCACCAUUGUUCACCUGAUUUUAAUUCACAGUAUCAGUUCUCUGCCUGGGUUACAGAUUGUUGUACAGACAAUUCUUCAGUCAGUUCCUGACAUGGCCAACAUUGUACUGUUGCUUGUGAUUAUCAUGCUGGUGUUUUCUGUGAUUGGAGUCACGCUAUACCGGGACAUUGUACCGAUGUAUUUUGGAAAUCUCUCUAGCUCCAUGUUCUAUCUCUUUGUUUGUCUUACUCAAGAUGGAUGGAUGGAAAUUUUCAAAGCUUUUCAGGAUGUUGGAGAGAAUUACUACGUUGGUGGAGGGCUAUUUCUCAUUGCCUUCAUAGCUAUCGGUGCGUUUGUAUUUGCCAACCUUGUUGUUGCUGUUGUGGUUACAAAUCUGGAAUUCGCUAUGGUUGAUGUGAAGACUGAAGGCAAGGAGCGGGAAACAGAUGAUCUGAAAGCUAAACUCGAGGAAGAAGACAUCCCAGUGCAGACAGUUGGAGUGGAAGACAUACCCAGUUUUGUAUACCUGAAACAGAUGCCGUUUCAGUUACCGGACUUGACAAAUGUUUCAAGCGAGAAACUGGAAAACUAUUUGCUGAUCCUGAGCGCCAUUGAACAAAAUCUCGUGGAAUCUAAGAAGAUUAAAACGGAGGUUAUUCAGAGACUGGAAACUCACUUGAUGUCGAACCUGAUGGAAAUGGAGCAAGGCAAAGUCUUUGACUCGCAUAAAGACACUCUAGGGUCCAUGAUACGAGAGGGAGCUAGGUUAAUCAGCACGGCUGCACAGAGGAGAACCUCAACGUACGAACGGAGGUAGUCUUCUGUCUUGGCUAAUAUCUUCAAUGAAGGAUGAAAACUUUCAACUCUGCACCUCUAAGUCUUAACGCGUAUAUUGUCAUUAAGAUCGUUGCUUGGCAACGGACGUGACGUCAUUGACCUUGUGUUUACGCCGGUGAAACGCGUUCUAAAAUCGUUAUUUUUUACCGGAGCUUUAAAGUCAAUUGUUUGUUGUUUCAAUAAAAUUUGUUACGUAAGUUUUAAUAAAUGGUACAUGACCUUUCAA